AUGCUUGGAAGAAAAAUAGCCAAAUCUGUCAACAAAAACUCUGUUUUCCUUGCUCAUGAGCUAUGGCAAUAUUCCGGAAAUUCAUACAGACGAAUAAGCCAGCUACCUGAACACAUUGUUGAAGACCUAAGUGAUGGAAGUGGAAUUCCAGAACUGAUAGCAGAGCUUGAUCAUUUCAGUGUCCGCUUAGAUGCAGAAGAUGACCUGUGUUGGGAAAAUCUCAAGACUCUACUGGGGAACUUGAUGAACUUUGAACCCCGAAGAAGUCAGGAUGAGGCAUCUCUGGAUGAGGAACAAAACAAGUAUGCCACACAGUUUUAUGAACAUGGUGGAGUGGAGGUACUUCUACGCAUCCUCAUGUUUAACACUGUCUUUCCGAAGGUUGGAAGGAAAGUCAAAGUUGGAUUCCCAGAAUCUGAGCUGUUGCUAAGGGUGAAAAGCCUAGUGCUAGAGAUCCUCACCAAGGUCACAACUACGUGUAUUGGCGAUAAGGUGACUGCUCAACUAAUGGCCAGUGAUGAUGUACUCAAUUAUGUGUUCACACUGCUGGCUCACCAGAAAACCUUCAUCAACUCAUGCCAACUAGUGGAGGACAUGCUCCAGUCACGUCGGGAGGUCCUCGACCUUCACAGAAUCAAUAACCUGCGGGGCUUGAUCAGUACUCUAGAGGAUCACCAGCUAGCUAACUUCUGUAGAAUCCUUGCUGUUGCCAUAUCCGACCUUGACAUAUAUGAAAACAAAUCCUCCUUGUUUCAACAAAAUAAACAGAAAAGAAGUCGAGGAUUUGUUAAUAUACGAGACAUAAACCAAGAGUUGUUGCUUGCAAUACCAGACCUUUUACCGAGACUGGUGAAUUUAGCUGUAGCCAAAGAUUACACUCCACGAUAUCGUGGUAUGGUUAGUGAGCUUGAUUGUUGGAUGGAGUGGAUCGAGAACCAGAUGGCUGAAGAGAUGUAUGACACACCAGCCAUGGACGAUCUGGAGGACUUUAUUGGAGGUAUUUCGGAGCCGACAUCCGCUGGUGGUCCAAUGAAUAUACAGCAGGGCCUGAAAAUUACAGAGGAGUUGGUACAACGAGUGGAGGUUGUUUAUGUACUGGGUCUCUUUCUACUUGGCAAACAUCGUAAAAAGGUACAAAGAAAACUUGCAGAACUAAAGUUAGCACCAGGUCUGAGUGAGCUUUUCGACCAGUUUAUCUGGAAAUGUCAAGUCAGACACAGUACUCGACAUAGAUUACGAGGUCAUAAUGCUGCCUGUGAAUGUAGUCCAGAAGUGGCGUUGAAAAUUCAGUUUUUGAGACUUGUACACAGUUUUUGUGACCAUUCUGAUUACAAGCACCUGUUGUUAUCAAAGAAUGAACUCAAUGAAGUGAAAAGAAUAAAUUUGAAAGCUGGUUCUUUGGCGUUAGGUAGUUUAGAAAAUGUAAAUAGACAAUUGAUGUGUAAAGGCAGUAAAGGUCUUUUGACAAAGAUAGUAGAAGUGAUGAAGAAAGAACCUACAACCUCCACAUUCAGAUUCUGGCUGGCCAGAGCAGUGGAAAGUUACCUACGAGGAAACACAUCUUACUGUGAUCAAGUCUUCUUAAUGCGAAGAGGGCUGCUGCAGCAUGUAGCAAGCAAUAUUGUGGAACACGAGAUCAGACACAAAGAAAUCCUACAGAGCAGUUUCGACCUGUUGGGAGAACUCAUCAAGUUUAAUAUCGAGGCCUUCAAGACAUUUGAAGAAAUCCUCACAACACAGGCAAAGUUUGAGAAGUUCAUCACUACUGUAAAUAGGAAUCUUGUUGACUCCAACAUGUUCAUCAGGAGUCUAGUUUUGUCUCUAGAGCAUCUCACAGAAGAAGAUACCACAUACAGAGAAUAUGCCAAAAAGGAUAACAAAUUACUGAUGUAUAUAGGUGAUUUCAGUAAACAGCUAGACUACCUCUACAAACUCAUCAAGAUCAUUAAUGUGGAAAAUCUCACACAGGAAAAUGUAAGCUGCCUGAACACCACCUUGGUCUUUCUCAUGUUUGCCAACCGUAAGGGCCAGUUACCCAAGUAUCUCCAGGCAUUGAGAGAUGAGAAAGAGGAUCUGAUGGAUGUCAGUGGGUCAGCCAAUCUUUUACGCAACUUCAGGGAUCUCUUGACGUUUUGGCAAGACCAUUACCUCCACAAAGACAAAGAUUGUAGUGCUCUGGAAAAGAGUUCACGGAUAAGCUUCGAGUACUGGAAACAAACAGUUUCUGUGUUAGUUUGUGACGAUAAAGACGACAAGGCAGGUAUCCUGCAUUAUGUUUCACCUAUGCCUUGUGACCGGCCAAAUUGAGCCCAGGUUCAGUUGACACUCUCACAAUAGGUGUGUGCCUGCAGGCAGUGCUAUUCCGCAGUCGCUACAAAGACUUGUUUCAAUUUCUACAACAGUCAGUCAUAGUGUCUAUUUAACUUAUAAAUGACUGUCUUCAUAGCAUGCUGUGCUCUGCAAUUGAUUUCAUUCGUUACAUUGACUGUUAUGUGCGGAUAUGCUAACCGUGGACAGGUUCCUGUGGUUGGUUGUGCGUUCUGGAACUGGCUAUGAGGCUUGGUAAGUCCUGCAUGUCUAUUCCUCAAGACUUCUGCCGUUGAGGUCUAGUGGCCAAAGUUCCAUCACGAACAACGUGAGACAAAUUUACCUGGCCAUUUAGAUGGCCACUGCCCCACAAUCGCUACAAGCUGGACGUGUAUGGAGGCAGCUGGUUUGUGUCACUAUUCUAACGAGGAAAACGCCAGACUUCUGCUGGACUACUUGGCGCUCGACAGAGGGUAAACAUUUCAUGUGUUGUACACCAUUCUUAUGUCUCAGUUAUACCUCCCAUGACAUGAACCUAAUUUGAAUUAGAGGUUGGUGAGAUUUGUGCAGAGGGACACCAACACCCUGGGUAUUACGUUAACCAGAUGUGUUCCGAUAUCAUCUUGAUGAUACAAAUAUAAUAUUCAUGCAUGUUGAAAUAUCUACAUAGUCAUUUAAAUGUUUUCAUGAAGAACCUUGUUGUUAAACAUUAUUGCCAGACAGAGGAUCUUAUUCAAGUAUUUUUGAUCGGCAAGAGUGUUGAAAAAAAUGUCAUACAGUAUCUGUUGGAGGUAUGAGUCUCCGACAGAAGGUUUUAAAGACUUGUGUCAGUGUGGAGAAAUUGUUAUAUAUGCCUAGUGUAAUAGACGCAUGUGUGAAUGUUGAGAUAUAAAAUAUGUAAUGAGAGAUGUGUCAUUGUAAAUAUACACUUCAAUAGUACCUUUACCUUAAAAACCUCUGUGACAUUUCGUUACUGAAUUUGUAUGGUAGUUGUAAAAUUUGCUCAUUAUUUAUAAGUAGCUAAAUCCUUCUAUGGAAUAAUAUGAAUGAUUUUGAAAAAUUGCAGUUUUUCUGAUUAAUUGAUGUUGGCUUUUGUGAAUAUAGAAGUUAUCAAGGGAAAUCAGAAAUGUUUGUGUAUCUUGGCUGAUCUUUUUGGCACUCUAGCAAGAAAUUAAAUUUGUUCACAAAGUCAAAGAUCUGAAUUGGUGUGUUAAGAUAGGAAAUAUUAAAAAGUGUUUUAACCAAAGUAUGUACCUUAUUUCAGGGGGGGAGGAGAGAGAUUUUGUUUGGCACUUUGAACAAUUGCUUUAAGACAAUGUUUAUCAUUAUUAAAGUAAUAUUCAGUUUUAAUUUUACAAUUACAUAAGAGUUUGAAAACUGCACAAUGAGAUUAUAUAAACAGGUUUUUUAAAUUAUAUUAUUAACGAGAUGCUCAAUAUAUAUAUGUACUGCAAAUCACUAGCUGAUCAUGUUUGUUUCUUUGUGACAUGGCAUGCAGAAUUGAAUUCAGAUAAGUGAAUAUUGCUGUGAUUAGUUCCACACCACAAAACAAUUAUAAAUGACUUUGUUUUGUCAUAACCACAGACCGUAAGUAUUUUACUUUAUAGAUUAUUUAUCUUUUAUUUGUUUCAAGAAAAUUAUGAAUCAAUGAUUGAUGAUUUAUCGGUCAAUUAUAUUUGUGUGAAUGUGCACAUAACCAGUGUAGUAUUUGAUCUCAUUACUUAAUAAAUGCCUUAAUGUAGUUUGAAGUGAAAAUGGUAUUUUGACAGCAGUUGGCUUGUCAGUAUUAGAAUAAAACAAUUUAUCUAUCAUAUCACAGAAAAGAGAAGAAUGUGUUUUCUUUGAAAUUUUUUAAUGUUAUAUCUGCUUUAAAUAUCCGUGUUUACUUCUCCGAAUUGAAUUGAAGGGAAAGUCAUAUUCCAGACUUUGUGAAAUUCAAAAUUCAAAGAGAUAUCAAAUUAUGACUAAGAGAUAUCAAAUUAUGACCAACUGGGUUUAGUAUUAUUCCAGUCUUCAUUUAUCAUAAAAUAUAAACCCAUAAUCAUUUGAUCCUUACCAAUAAUGUAUUUAUCUCAUUUUCCAGAUUUUUUGUUUCUUUUAAAGAUGUUGAGUUACUCUUCAAAUUAAAUUCA